AUGCUUCUGGACUACGACGGUGCGGACGAGUUGGACCAUCACAAUCCAGUUAAUGGUGAUCACGAGCACGAUUCACCGAUAAGGGAGUUCUUUCUAGCUGCUGAGGCCGAGGAGCUCGACGAAGACGCCGAGAGUGGUGAAACAGAGUCUAGCAUGUCUUGGCCGCUGCGUAGCAUCGGUAGUGAUUGGAGCUACUUUAGCGGCUACACUGGCGACUUGGACGAUACCAGCGAGUCCAGUGACACCGUGCUCAGUUCACUGAGCUCUUAUGUUGAAACAAUUCCCGACGUCGCAGUCGACAUGUCAACCAGUGAUGCAGUGGAGGCAAAUGCCGACCAAGAGGUGCGUGCCGAUCAGGAUGUUUUAGAAGAGGUGCGUGGUGCUCAGGAUGUGGCCAGCGUUGCGGACACGGUAGCCGCAGUGGAGGCAAAUGUCAACCAAGAGGUGCGUGGUGCUCAGUGUGUGGCCUUUAGGAUGGAUGUCGAUGCCAACCUCUCUGACUCGGACCGCACAUACGUUUCAUCCGGCGAGGAAUAUCCUCCCCACGAAAGCUGCACCUGUGGUUGCUGGCCUGAGGCGCAGGAGGCUAAAAAGAAACAGGAGGAAAUGGACAAAGUAACCUCGGAACUCAUGAACACCCAAAUCGGUGAACGUGAUAUCAAACGAAAUCAGGAGGAUGCUCCCGAUGCGUCCACCUCAGCAUCAACAACUGACGGUGUACCAGCGGGCAAACGUGUGAAGCUGUAUGUCGCUGAUGGUGAUGCCGGUUCAAGUGGCGUCGCUAUUAUAAAGAAGGAAGUUUCAGAUGCUGAUGCCGGUCCAAGCGGUAUAAAGGAGCGUGGCUCGGAUGCCGAUGCUGGUCCAAGCGGCCUUCAAGCAGGGCAUGACUCCGAUGACACUGAUAGUUCGUCAGGCGAGGAGAAUUCGACGGAUGACAUUUGCUACUGUGGCCCUUGCCGGAUUGAGCGGCAGGAGGCUAAAAAGAAACAGGAGGAAAUGGACAAAGUAACCUCGGAUCUCAUGAACACGCAGAUCGGCGAACGUCGUAGCAAACGAAAGCAGGAGGAUGCUCCAGAUAAGUCUACCUCAGCAUCAACAACUGACGGUGUACCAGCGGGAAAGAGAGUGAAGCUGUAUGUCGCGGAUGGUGAUGCCGGUUCAAGUGGCAUCGCUAUUAUAAAGAAGGAAGUUUUAGGUGCUGAUGCCGGUCCAAGCGGUACAAACAUACGCUCGGACGCCGAUGCUGGUCCAAGCGGCCUUCAAGCAGAAUAUGGCUCCGACGACACUUAUAUUUCGUCAGGCGAAGAGUAUCCGCCGCAUGAAAGCUGCACCUGUGGUCUCUGUAUUGAGGAGCAGGAGGCUAAAAAGAAACAGGAGGCAAUGGACACAGCAACCUCGGAUCUCAUGAACACCCAAAUAGGCGAACGUUGUGUCAAACGAAAGCUGGAGGAUGCUCCCGAUGCGUCCACCUCAGCAUCAACAACUGACGAUGUACCAGCGGACAAGCGAGUGAAGCUGUAUGUCGCGGAUGGUGAUGCCGGUCCAAGUGGCAUCGCUAUUAUAAAGAAGGAAGUUUCAGAUGCUGAUGCCGGUCCAAGCGGUAUAAAGGAGCAUGGUUCGGAUGCCGAUGCUGGUCCAAGCGCCCUUCAAGCAGGGUAUGGCUCAGACCAUACUUAUAUUUCAUCAGGCGAAGAGUAUCCGCCGCAUGAAAGCUGCACCUGUGGUUGCUGGCCUGAGGCGCAGGAGGCUAAAAAGAAACAGGAGGCAAUGGAUAAAGUAACCUCGGAACUCAUGAACACCCAAGUCGGCAAACGUGGUAUCAAACGAAAGCUGGAGGAUGCUCCGGAUACGUCCACCUCAACAUCAAUAAAUGACACUCAGCGUCAACAACAUGUCGCGGAUGAUGAUGGCAUCGGUAUAGAACAUGAGCAAGUCCCGGAUGCUGAGGCUGGUCCAAGUGGCCUCCAGGUGGCAGCAAUGGACGUUGCCUACGACGCGGACCUCACCUCCGGCAUAGAAAAUUCGCCUCGCGCCUCAGACGCUCAUGCUGCCCAGAGUCUGUCGACGUCGAAAGAUACGGAACCGGAACCGCCGAGGACGAGUCGCAGCCGCCGCCGCCGUUGUAAGCGAUCUCGGCGCCAUCGCGAGCACCGCCACCAAGACACUGACUCUACGGUAUCUGAAGCCGACACGCCUUAG